CCCUUCGCUCGCACGGCGGCGCAGCUACCCCGCCGGAAGGGAAGGGGCCGUGACCAACGAGUCGGGCCUGCUGCUGCUGGCUGAUGAACCGAAGCGUUAGUCAUACUUUAUUGAUCCCGGGGUAAAUUGGUUGGUGAAACAGCGAUUCUAAUGUAGCUGUAUCACAGAAAUCUGGUUGUUGAACUUGAUCUUUGACCUUCCUUAAGCUGAUUGUAUCGAGUGGGUAUCAUGUCAAUAAGCCACUCCAUUAAAGAGCGAACAAUCGCAGAGAACAGCCUCAUCAUCCUUCUCCAGGGGAUACAUGGCCACGUUACGACAGUGGAGCUGAGAGAUGAGAGCUCUGUGAGAGGACGGAUCAUUAAUGUUGAUGCAUUUAUGAAUAUCCGUCUUUCUGAGGUGUUGUACACCGACAGGGGAGGCAGGAGCUCGAAACUGGAUGACUUCUUCGUCACAGGCAGAAACGUACGUUACGUUCACAUUCCGGAUAAGAUCAACAUCACUGACACCAUUAAUAGUCAACUGCAGAAGAUUCACCAGGUGCGGAAUUUUGGUGGGAAAGAUCGAGGAAGAAAGGAAUUUCCAUCAAGAAAAUAAUUGUGUGCUGAUCGCAGAGAGGCAGAGUUGGGUUUCGGGGGAUGAGGGCUGGCUCAUGCACAGAGGGGUCAAACGCUGCUGUGAUCAGGGGUGUUUGAGCUGUAUCAGGGUGGAAGAAGCAAGACUAAGUGAUGUGUGGCAGAGGGAAAGGUGCUGACUGAAUGGACGCAGUUAGUGGAAAAAUGUUUGGUAUGUUGUGACAUUGAUGAGGAGACUCGCACUUCCGAACUGAUUCAGUGUGGCUGAUUCUUCAUGCAUCUGAAAAGUCAGUGAAAAUUCCCUGCCACAGUGCGUGAGUAUGUUGCAUUGCUGAAUCUGCCCUCUUCUGAUGUAUUGAAUGACAUUGCCAAUGGAGUUCUAUAGUUCACGUAGACACUACUGGAACUGGUGUUCUGAAUAACAGUUACGGCCAUCAGUACCAAAAACAUCAUUCACUCUGGGAUAGUGUAUUGUGGAGAAUUCCUGCUGCAUUGAUACCAUUCCAAAAGAUUUCAUUCUGCAUGAAAUAUUUUUGGAUAUCUCUGUGAAAUGUGCCUUGUUUGUUAGUCUUUUCUUAUGUAUAGUUUAGUAAAUUUUAUUGCAUUUCUUCAUUUUUCCUAAAAUGCCUGCAAGAAAAUGAACCUCAAGAUAGUAUAUGAUAACGUAUACUUUAAUAAUAAAUUUACUUUG